AUGGUUCAAUCACUGUUGAGUCUCUCUCAAUCGAUCGUCAGGUCUGGAGUUCCGAAGCGGAAGCCGACUGUCGGCCGGCCCCAGGCCAGCCGCCGUCAGGCAUCACUCAUACCGGCAGUCAGGCGGGCCAGACACCACUGCCUAUCAACAUCUCCUCCUCUAAUAGUAAACCUUUGCCGAUCUUCAGGAUAUCCGGACAAUCCGAAGGCAGCAGGACCCGGCCAGCCAUCUGGAUCUAUCAGAGCAUUCAGUCUGACAUCCGCUUCCACCAUCCGGCCUCCUCAGGAACGACCAGCUGCGCACUCGGCCAUCCCCGAAAGUAUCAGCAAGACCACCGGUUAUCAGCUUGAUCAUCUCGGACUCUUGGUCCAGUUCGACAAGGACCGUUCUAGUAAAUUUGAUCACAUCUGGCUUCGCGACAACUGUCGGUGUGAGAAAUGCUUCCACGCUCAUACUAAACAGCGUCUGCUAGAUACAUAUGAAAUUCCUUUGGAUAUUCAACCUACUCGAGUGGACUUGGAAGGGGAAGGGUUCUCAUUAACAUGGCCAGAUGGACACAAGAGCUUGAUCCAGCUCUCGUUCCUGUUGCAACACGCAUACGACCCGCCACUAGCUCCUUCGAGCGCAUCGUCGUCCACUCAAACACCCUCGUCAGAGAAGUAUUUGUGGGACAAGGCGAUCGCCAAUCGCUUGCCGAGCGUCAGCUUUAAUGAUCUCUUCUCUCAAGACCAAGCCACCUGGAAGGGCGACUUGUAUGUCCUAGAAUGGCUUCGCAAAAUCGAAAAGUACGGCUUUUGCUUGGUAGAUGAUGUCCCGCCGACCCCAGAAGCUACCGCAGACCUUCUCAAAAGAAUAGCGUUUAUACGCGAAACGCAUUAUGGUACUUUAUGGGAUUUCACCGCAGACUUGCAACACGGGGACACCGCAUACACUGAUUUGGCUCUCGGCGCACACACCGACACGACUUACUUUUCCGACCCGAUAGGGUUGCAACUAUUCCACCUGUUAUCCCCGCCGAGUUCGCACGAAGGCGGCAAGUCGCUACUGGUUGACGGCUUUGCGGCGGCGGCGAAGUUGAAGCUUGAGUGUCGAGAAGCCUACGAAUUGCUGUCGGAGGAGCCGAUCGAGACGCACGCCUCGGGCGGGGUCGACGUGGCCUUCCGGCCCCUCCUGCCCCAGCCGGUCUUCUCCCACCAUCCGCAUACCGGCGAACUCACGAUCAUCCGCUGGAACCCCGACGAUCGGUUGCCCCUCAACCCGCGCUCUGCUGGCCGCGUCAAACAGCUCUACCUCGCUUUCAGAGAGUGGCAGAAAAUCAUCAAGAGCGAGCAGAUGGAACUCUGGACUCAGAUGAAAAUGGGCCAAGCUUUAAUUUUUGAUAACCAUAGGGUGUUACAUGGACGCUCGAGUUUUAAAGGAUCGAGAAGGCUAUGCGGAGGAUAUGUGAAUGGGGAUGACUACCGAUCCCGGCUACGGUCUCUCGAGCAAAGACUGUUAUCCAGGUCCCCAGGAUCCACCAACCAUCAAGCUUAA